AUGCCUUCCCUCGCACUCAUCGAUAAUUCCCCCCGCCAUCCCGACCCCUCCCCGCCGAUACCCACUGCGUCCAACGUCAUUCUCAUUGACAACUAUGACUCUUUCACCUGGAACGUAUACCAGUACCUUGUCUUCGAGGGCGCAAAAGUGACCGUAUACCGCAACGACGAGAUCACCGUCGACGAAUUGAUCGCGAAGAACCCUACACAAUUGGUCGUCAGUCCAGGUCCCGGUCACCCAGCGAAGGAUGCGGGCAUAAGCAACGAUGCUAUCAAGCACUUUGGCGGCAAGAUCCCCAUUCUGGGUGUGUGCAUGGGCGCUCAGUGCAUGUACUACAGCAACGGCGGGACUGUCGAUGUGACUGGCCAAAUCCUGCAUGGAAAGACGUCACCACUCAAGCACGAUGGCAAGGGAGUGUAUGCUGGUGUGGCUCAGAACGUGCCUGUCACCCGAUACCACUCCCUCGCGGGUACUUAUGGGACCCUCCCAGAGUGCCUCGAGGUGACCUCUACGAUCCCCGCCAAUCCAGAUGGCGACAUCAAGGAAGUCAUUAUGGGCAUCCGUCACAAGGAAUACGUCAUGGAAGGUGUUCAAUUCCAUCCCGAGAGCAUCUUGACAGAGGACGGACGCAUCAUGAUGAGGAACUUUUUGCGCAUGCAGGGUGGCACCUGGGCAGAGAAUGACAAGCUGCAGAAAGAGGCGCAUGCUCAAGCGGUCGCGGCUACCAAUGGUGCGACCAACGAGCCGAAGAAAGACAAGCAGACGUCGAUAUUGCACAAAAUCUACGAUCACCGUAGGGCAGCUGUCGCCGAACAGAAGAAAAUACCUUCUCAAAGACCGAGUGAUUUGCAAGCGUCAUACGACCUCAAUUUAGCACCUCCGCAGAUCGACUUUCCGAGCCGUCUCAGGCAAUCACCCUACCGCCUCUCUCUCAUGGCUGAGAUCAAACGCGCCUCGCCUUCAAAAGGCAUAAUUUCUUUGUCAACUUGUGCACCCGCUCAGGCCAGGACGUAUGCGAAAGCUGGCGCAAGCACAAUCUCAGUAUUGACGGAACCGGAAUGGUUCAAAGGCAGCAUCGACGAUUUGAAGGCCGUAAGGCAGAGCCUCGAAGGCAUGCCGAACCGCCCAGCUGUCUUGCGCAAGGAGUUCAUUUUCGAAGAAUACCAAAUUCUGGAGGCCCGGCUUGCUGGCGCGGACACUGUUUUGCUCAUCGUCAAGAUGCUCGACGAGGCACUGUUGAAGCAGCUCUAUGACUACUCUCGAUCCCUCGGCAUGGAACCUUUGGUUGAGGUACAAAAUGUCGAAGAGAUGGAGAUCGCGGUCAAGCUUGGUUCAAAGGUCAUCGGUGUCAACAACCGAAACCUCGUCAGCUUCGAAGUCGAUAUGGAAACGACCAGCCGUCUCGUAAGCAUGGUACCGAAAGACGCCAUUCUUUGCGCCUUGAGUGGCAUAGCAGGACCCAAGGAUGUCGAGCCAUAUAUCCAGGGCGGUGUCGGUGCGGUACUAGUUGGUGAAGCACUGAUGCGCGCCUCCAACACAGAGCAGUUUAUUGCAGAGCUUCUCGGUGGAUCAUCUACGAAUAUUUCGAAAGCAGCAGCAGGCCUCAUGGUAAAGAUAUGUGGUACACGAAGUGCUGAGGCGGCAAAAGCUGCGAUCGAGGCUGGCGCAGAUCUGAUUGGAAUGAUUCUAGCCCCAGGGUUGAAGCGAACUGUAUCAGCAGAGACGGCGUUGGCCAUAUCCGAUGUUGUACACAAGAUUAAGAAACCACAAAUCUCGAAGUCGGCACUCCUUGCUGAUCCGAAGACCGCAUCCGACUUCUUCGAGCAUGGCGCGUCACGGCUUGCUUCAGCCGAUGAUCGUGCGCUUCUUGUGGGUGUUUUCCGUAACCAGUCGCUGGAAUACGUGCUUGAGCAACAACGACUGCUCAACCUGGACAUUGUACAGCUGCACGGUCAGGAGCCAGUUGAGUGGGCUAAGCUUAUGCCUGUUCCGGUCCUGAAAGCCUUCAACCCUCGCGACCAUGGCAUUGGCUCGAGAGGAUACCACGCACUGCCACUACUGGAUGCAGGCUCAGGAGGCUCCGGUCAACAGCUGGACCUCACUGACGUGAAAGCCGUGUUCGAAAAAGACCAGGGAAUCAAGGUCAUUCUAGCGGGAGGACUCAACCCAGAUAAUGUCCAGAGCAUGCUGUCUGGCCUUGGGGACUACCAAGAUCGCGUCAAGGGUGUCGAUGUCAGCAGCGGAGUAGAGGAAGAUGACCAACAAAGUCUGGACAAGAUACGGGCUUUUAUCAAGGCGGCAAAGAGCUAA